UUAACCCAUUUGCGCCUGUUGUCUACUUUUGUAGACACUAGCAGUUAUCAGUACACUAGGACCUAAUUAUGAGCGCACAUUUGUUUAUCAUUGUUAUUCUAUACUUGUUGUCAUGAUAAGCGUUAAUUGGACUAUUUUGCUAGACAAAAUGCAGACCACUACGUUAUUUGCAGUGUGUUUUCAACAAGAAUGUGAUAAAAAUUGCCUUGAAAAUAUUAUUGAAAAUGGCUAGCAGAAACAGAAGAUACACAGUAAAUGAAAUCAUAUCAAUGCUUGAGGAUGAAGGUAACUUUGAAAGGGCAGAUAUACAUGUUCAACCACCUCCUGUAGAUGAACUGACAGAUGAAGAUAGUGCAAGUGAAGAUGAAGAAGUAGGUUACAACAACCUCAGUGGAAGUCAGUUAGACCAACAAGCAACAGCGACAGUUAUUCGCCUAGAUGGACGUCAUGUUGUUGAUUCAGCAUCAGACUCCGAUCUAGAAACUGACCAUUCUUCAGAUUCUUCUGAUACAGAUGAAUACGAAGUGCCUGCAAAUAUUGCAAAAAGACCUCAAGUAAGAAUUGCACUACGGGAUCCAGCUCCGCGUCCCAAACGACCUGCACCAGUAAAGAGGAAGUGGGAAAAUAAAGAUCUACCUGAGCAAGAUAAAGACAGAUUCACUUGGCAUGGCUCAAAUAUAGACAAAAGUCGAUGGCCGCAAACACCAGAUGGCAUCUUCAACUUAUUUUUUGAUGAUGACGUGAUCAACAUGAUUGUUGAACAGAGUAUAAGAUAUGCUGGUUCAAAAGGCAACCAUUCGUUUUCAACUUCACCCCAAGAAAUUAGGAUCUUCCUAGCAAUUUUGCUUAUAUCAGGCUAUAACACUGUGCCAAGACGGAGACAGUUCUGGAGCCGGGAUGAUGACGUAAGGAAUGAGGCAAUAGCUCGUACAAUGCCGCGAGACAGAUUCGACAUAUUGGUGCGAUAUGCACAUCUUUGCGAUAACAACAAUCUUGACAGAGAGGACAAGUUUAGCAAAGUAAGACCACUGCUAUGUCUGCUGAAUGAGCGCUUCUUGUUAUACUUCUUGAAAGAGAAAAACCUUUCAAUCGACGAAAGCAUGAUCCCGUACUAUGGGCGACACGGAGCGAAACAGUUUAUUCGUGGGAAACCAAUUAGGUUCAGUUAUAAGAUGUGGGCGUUAACGACAGCACUUGGAUAUGUUUUACAAUUUGAGCCCUAUCAAGGGGCAAAAGGCCACCAAACCCAUGAUCCUGGCUUCCUUGGAAUGGGCGGAGCAGUAGUUAUGGACCUGCUUUCAGAGCUGCAGAAAGAUGAUGCAUACCAUCUGACUUUUGAUAAUCUAUUUACUUCCUGA